GGUGACACGAUGGAACCAUGCACAGGCCCAGGCCCUGACUCAGGCUCAAACUCAGGCACAGGCACAGGCACGAACUCGAAUGAAAACACAGCGCCCACUACUGCUCCAGCACAAGAAUCUGAUGAUGCACAUCAGCACUGUAGGAGACAAAUUUUAUUUCAUCGUCAUUAAAUGUGGUUGCUGGGAUCAUUGGAAUCGUAAGAAUCAUCGAAAACUAACACGAAUCCGGCAUUUUUAUACAGCACAUCAUGUCAUCUUUGUGGUCCAUGGAAUGGGCCGCCAGUUGGAGGAGUAUGGCAAUUAUGAACGCAACGUCGGAUAUCUAGUCGAGAACAUCAAGACGGUAUUGCAAAGUGUCUUUCAUGAACUCGAGACGGAUGUCCAUAUCAUCCCGAUCGAAUGGCACGCCAAAUUGCACAGCCUCGUCGACGACCGCAUGGCGCUUGCAUCUCUGAGGACAGUGCCCAAAGUGCGCAUGGUAAUGAACGACUAUCUUGCGGAUAUUCUCUAUUACUUCAACGGCCACUUUGGCUCAGUCAUGAUCCGCAUGAUUGUCGACGAUCUCAACGAGGCAUACGAGACCUUUAUGGCCAAGCAUCCGGAUUUCAACGGCAAGAUCUCUGUAUUCGCGCUGUCGCUCGGAGGUGUCGCCAUGUAUGAUAUCCUGACAUGCUUAGAUGACGACGACGAAGACGUCGAGUCGGAAAAAAGCAGAGAUGAUGAAGGCACAGCCGCGAAGAGCAAGAAUGCAACAUCGGACGCGGACCAAAAGGUUCCUGGACUGAAAAAAAACACGGAAUACGGGGCAAACACGUCGGGGAACAAAAAGCCCAAGGUCAGGAAACAAGAUCAAACAAAGUUUCGGGCGGUCGUGCCAAAGCUCAAGUUCAGACCACAUUAUCUAUUCACGGUCGGAUCGCCUGUCGGUGCUGUAAUGGUGAUGCGCAACCUCGAGUGGGAGUCGUUCCACCCGCCAGACGAUAUUAUCCACCACAAUCUCUAUCACCCGUUUGACCCGCUGGGUUACAGGAUCGAGCCCCUGAUCGACUCGGUCUUUGCAGGAGUUCCCGCGCUCGCCGUUACUUCCUAUAAUACCGUCAGCUCGCAGCAGUUGCUCUUUCCAUCCAUCUCCUUGCCAUCGCUGCCUUCCUUACUGCCGGAAUCGAUUUCUUCGUUCUGGGAGAACAAAGUUCCUGCGCUGCCUAGGCCCUCGAUCCCAACAUUGUCCAGUCUUUCUCAGAUGACCCAGUCCCUCAAGGCAGGUGGACGGUGGCUCUCUGGAAAUGGAGUCGCUGCUGUUGUUGAGAGUACUGGCGGAGUAGCCACACCGGUAAUGACUGCAGGCGAGGAAGGGGACGUGAGUGCACAGAGCGAGACAGCCACAUCACCGGUGCCUUCAGUCGGUCGGCAGGAGGAGGUUGAGGAGACGCAUGGCCAUGAAGUGUUGAGUAAGGUUCAGGAGGAAGAGGAUGCACUUGUUGAUGUGAAGGUUUCGGCCACGGAAUGCAUAACCCCAGCAACUGCAACAGCUUACUUGGGCUGCAGCGAUACGGCUGAGAUUGCGGGAUCACCCAACGUCAAGGCAACAACACCGGUCAGGAGACUUAGUCUGGGCCCUCGCAGGGUCAGCAGUCGGAUUGAAGACAACCAGGAUGCUAUCAAUGCAGCGCUACUGAACCAACAACAGCAUCAAGAACGCGAUGGUGCAUGCGGCAGCACUUCAGAAGCACUGCCCGAAGAAGCAGUCGACGAAAUGUCCAGCAAGAAGGUCAGCGAUGAUCCAUCGCCAAUGGAAAUAGAGUACUACUUGGGCAUGGAAACAGGUGCGACCGCUGAGGAGAAAGCACAGGGUUUGGGUGCUAAAUCGGAUGUUGUUCAAGAAUCGAUGGUGCGUCGUCCGUCAGUGUCACCUCACGAGAUUGAAGCGCAAGUGGAGACUGCCAGUAAAGAUGUUUCACAGCCGAAGCUGGAGGAUAUCCAGACUGAAGAAGAAGAAGAGGACCCUGCGGCGACGGCGAACAAAAGACGAACGGCAGUGCAUGUGGAAGGUCGACGGACUUGUGUCCCGUACAGAAUCGACUAUGUCCUUCAGGAGACGACUGUCGAUCAGUACACAAACGAGUACCUGUUGGGCAUGCGGAGUCAUUUCCGGUAUUGGGGCAACAGGUAAACUAAAACCACGAUGCUUGGUCGCUUGCAAGAAAAAUAGAAAAAAAGAGCACAAGGGAACUCUGUCCCGGUACUAAUUCCUUGCGUUCUCAUGCAAACUCUGAUCAAAUAACAGGGAUGUUGCAUACCAUAUCCUCCGAACGAUGCUUCAAUCAAAAGAUACCUUGCCUCACGACACCAUUUUGCAUGCCAAACUGGACAUGCCUGUCCCAGUGACGGCUCCAAAGGGUGCGAGGGAGGCUGCAGAGGCUAAAGCCAAGGCCAUGGCGGCUUCGGCUCGAUCGCGCCAAUCUGUCACAGAAGCCAG